UGCUAGGGAUCUCAGCAGGCCAAGGGGGAGGUGCGAGAGGCUAAAAGGGACAGGUCUGGGCAGAGCUAGGUGGUUGGCAUCAGUUCGCGCACCCAUUCAAGCGGCAGGACUCACUUGUCCCAGCAGUUCUCGCUGACCGCCCUAGCUGUAGCUUCUGCGCUCCGGCACCCUUGAGCUCACCGACGAACGUCCUGGCUUCGGACCUCACCAUGCCUAACCUUUGGGACCGCUUCUCGUCGGCCUCGUCUUCGUCUUCGUCUCGGGCGCCCACCCCGGAUCGGCCGCCGCGCUCGGCCUGGGGGUCGGCAGCCCGAGAGGAAGGGCUGGACCGCUGCGCGAGCCUGGAGAGCUCGGACUGCGAGUCCCUGGACAGCAGCAACAGCGGCUUCGGGCAGGAGGAAGACUCGGCCUGCUUGGAUGGCGUGUCCCUGCCCGACUUCGAGCUGCUCAGCGACCCCGAGGAUGAGCACCUGUGUGCCAGCCUCAUGCAGCUGCUCCAGGAGAGCCUGUCCCAGGCGCGACUGGGCUCUCGCCGCCCCGCGCGCCUGCUGAUGCCAGCCCAGCUGGUGAGCCAGGUGGGCAAAGAACUGCUACGCCUGGCCUACAGCGAGCCGUGCGGCCUGCGGGGGGCGCUGCUCGACGUCUGCGUAGAGCAGGGCAAGAGCUGCCACAGCGUGGGCCAGCUGGCCCUCGACCCCUGCCUGGUGCCCACCUUCCAGCUCACCUUGGUGUUGCGCCUGGACUCUCGCCUGUGGCCCAAGAUCCAAGGGCUGUUCAGCUCGGCCAACUCUCCUUUCGUCCCUGGCUUCAGCCAGUCCCUAACACUGGGCACCGGCUUCAGAGUCAUCAAGAAGAAGCUGUACAGCUCCGAGCAGCUGCUCAUUGAGGAGUGUUGAGCUCCAGCCCGGGGGGUCACACCGCCCCCAUGGCAGACAGUGAACUUUUGGGGUGGAGACUUAGCAGGCAGGGCCACGGGGGCGGACGCCUGUGUUAGAAAACUGACAAUAGCCCCCAAAGGAGGAGGUUGCAGUGGGGGAGCAUAGUGUUUCCUAGGAAGCUCACUGAGUUGUGUGCAGGUGGGUCCCCUUCGGGGCGCAUGCCCCUCAGUACUGUAGCAUGAAACAAAGGCUUGGGGUCCCCAGGCUUCCAGCUGGAUGCGUAUGUAGCAUGUACCGUAUUAUUUUUAUUAUCCCUGACAGUUACGACAGUGGGGUGGCAGCUAGGAGGGCUGCUGGGCUGCGCUGGCCUCAGCCAGGGGUGUGUGCUUAUGGUAGCCCCCAGGAGGGAGGGGGGAGGUGCUGAGGUAGUUUGUGUAUCCAGGUCUGGAGGGACCCAGUAUGUUUGUUGUUUGUUUUGUAUCUUGUUUUUCGGAUCGGAGCUUCACUACUGACCUGUUCUAGGCAGCUAUCUUACAGACGCAUGAAUGUAAGAGUUGAAAGGGGUGGGUGUUAGGAUCCCUCAGGAUCUUUGACACUUGAAGACAAAAUACACCUGGGAGCUGCGUCC